CUUUUAUAAAUGGCAACAAAACACAACUUUCUAUUCUCCUUCAGAAAAAAUUAAUAACAAUAAUCACAUAUUAGUGGUAUAAGGAAGCGAAUUUUCGAUUAAUUAAAAACAAAUCUAUAUUUUAGGUAACCACUUCAUGCACUACCAGCUUAUUAGCUACAUGUGAAUAAUUUUUUACUGAAAAGACAAGUUCAUUUGACUUGGAAUCUACUUUUACAAACAAGCCUUCAAAAAAACAAACAGUCAUGGAUGAUGAGUUAGAUGUGGAAGCUAUGCUAGAUGCUCCCUUUGCUAAACAGGAUGCCAGGUCUGUAUCGCCUGAUCAUGACAAAAAAAAAAAGAAAAGUAAAAAAAAGAAACAUAGCAGAAGUAGGAGUAGAGAACGGAAAAAUUCUCACAAGGAGCAUAAAGACACAAGUCAUUCUAAAAACGGCCAUAAGAGCAGCAGAAGAGAUAGAAGUCAUAGUCGAGAAAGGAAGGAUUCAUCCAAAAGCAGAAGAAAUGAGUAUCCCGAAAAAGAAAGAAGGCGAGUAAGCCGCAGCCCUGAUCGAAGACGCAAUUAUCGAAGUAACUAUGGUGGUAGAAAUUCCUAUAACGCAAGGGAUUAUCAAAGUCGACGUACUCACAGAGAUAUUCCUCGACGCAGGAGCAGAACUAGAAGUCCAGAGAAAAGACGCUCCAGCAAAACUAGAGUUCACUCACCUUCACCAAAACGGGAAGACAAGGGUAAUGAUUCUGCAGAUGAAUUUGGAAAACCUGCUCGUCUGCACAGAAAUCCUGAUUUAACACCAGAAGAAAGGGACAUGAGAACAGUAUUUUGUAUGCAACUGUCUCAACGUGUUAGAGCACGAGAUUUGGAAGAAUUUUUUUCACCUGUAGGGAAGGUUCAAGAUGUUAGAAUCAUCAUGGAUAAUAAAACAAGACGCUCUAAAGGAAUUGCUUACAUAGAAUUUCAAGAAACAUAUUCUGUGUCCUUGGCAUUAGACUAUUCUGGCAAAAAGUUACUAGGUGUGCCUAUUAUUGUUCAACUUACCCAAGCUGAAAAGAACAGAGCUGCUGCUAGUAUGAUGAGUGUUCAACGUGGCAAUGUUGGUCCAAUGAGACUUUAUGUAGGAUCACUACAUUUUAACAUAACAGAAGAAAUGUUGAAAGGAAUUUUUGAGCCUUUUGGAAAAAUUGAUAAAAUUGAACUUCUGAAAGAUACAGAAUCAGGCAAAUCGAAAGGCUAUGGAUUUGUAACUUUCACUGAUUCUGAAAGUGCUAAAAAAGCAUUAGACCAAUUAAAUGGAUUUGAAUUAGCCGGCAGACCUAUGAAAGUUGGCACUGUUACGGAUCGCACUGACAUUAUUCAGGGUCCAUCAUUUCUUGAUACUGAAGAGAUGGAUAGAGCUGGGAUUGAUCUAGGUGCAACUGGUCGUUUACAGUUAAUGGCUAAGCUAGCUGAAGGCACUGGUUUGGAAUUACCCCAGGCUGCUGUUAAAGCUCUGCAACUUACAGCUCAAGCAUCUGCUUCCCCAAUGGCUGGAAAUCCACCUGUAUCUGUAGCUACCCAGUGUUUCAUUUUAUCUAACAUGUUUGAUCCCUCCAAUUUAUUGAAGGAAAAUGCAUCUAACUGGGACGAAGAAAUAAGAAAUGAUGUUAUUGAAGAAUGUAGAAAUCAUGGUGGUGCUCUUCAUGUUUACGUCGAUAAAAACUCGGGUGAAGGUAAUGUUUAUGUAAAGUGCCCAAAUCUUACAGCUGCAACAGCAUCUGUCAGUGCUUUACAUGGAAGAUAUUUUGCAGGUCGUGUGAUAGUUGCUGCAUAUGUACCUGUUGUAAAUUAUCAUAUGCUAUUCCCAGACUCAGCAACAGCAUUAGUUGCUCUCUGAAAAUCAAAGAUCAUACAUGAAACAUUUUGCUUACAUAUAUAUGGAGCUUUUACCAUCAGUGUGAUGUAAAUCUUAGUCACAAAUAUGUAAAUGUGAUUUCAAAUAAAUUUUUUUUUCCAAA